AUGCAGCCUCUGUAUUUAAUGAAGCCCUACUUCAUGCUAUCGAUUUGUUUGUUCCUACAAAAAUAUUUAAAUUGCCAAAAUUCCCUGCGUGGACAUCUACCUCUCUUAAAAAUCUUAUUAUGGAGAAAAAGCGAGCUCACGCACUCUAUAAGUGUUCGAGGUCCCCCUAUGACUACUCAGCUUCGUGCUAAAUGCAAGCGCCAAUCUAAAAUAGACUACCAGUCUUAUAUAAAAAAUACCGAAAACUCGUUCAAUCGCAAUCCCUCACUAUUCUGGAAAUCUAUUAAAAAUUUAAACCAGAAAAACACAAUACCUACCACUCUAUUUUGGAACAAUGAUAAGGUUGAUACUCCUCUUGGGUCGGCUAACCUAUUCUCUAAGUACUUUUAUUCUAUGUAUAACAACUCUAUUUCUCCACCCGUCAAUAUUUCUAAUAUUAAUACUAUUCCAUAUGAACUUCCUUCUAAUUGUCACUUCUCCCUCGACGAUGUGCAACUUGCACUCAACUCUUUAAAAAACACCAAUUCUAAUGGCCCAGACGGGAUUUCAGCACGUUUACUUUUUAAUUGUCAAGAUUCUAUUGUUUAUCCUCUAUUCUUACUCUUUAGGCUAUCUCUUGAUGAGGGUAUCUUAUUUCAUAGAAAACGUACUUGCAUAAUCCAUCCUUAUUCCCUUAAUGGCUCUACUCUCAAGCGUGUAUCCACUGUCAAAGAUCUUGGGUUCUAUCUAACUCCUUAUCUUUCCUUUGAACACCAUAUUGAUGUUACUGUUGGUAGAGCGUUAAAAAUUCUGGGGUUCUUAAAGCGCAGCACUAGCCUUUUCACGUCCGCUACUUGUAUUCGCUCCCUCUAUUUUUCCCUUGUCCGCUCUGUCUUAGAAUAUGGCUCAGUUGUUACGGGUACCCGUAUCUAG